AUGUAAGAAAUUGACUUGUUAAGGUUACAUAGAGAAACAUUGAAGUAUUUGGAAAUAGAAAGCAUCUUUAAACGUUUAACAUAAACCUUCAUAAAUAAAAUUUACAAUCUUGUUAAAGAUAUUUUUGCUGAAGAACAUAAGUUCACUAUUUAAGUAUAAUUCAUAACUGAAAAUAGGAAUUAUUGAAAAUGGCUAAUUAUAAAGAAAUUCCUCUAAAAGAAUUCAAGUUAGUUGAGCAUUACAAACUUAAUUCACAAAUAUUCAAGACUAAUCUAUAAACUAUUUUUUCUAUAAUUGUCGAUGAUCUUUAAAAUACAUUCAAUAAAUAAAUUAUUAUUGAAGAAAGAUCAAUUCUUGAACCUAGAUAGCUUACAUAAAUUGAUGAAGAAUCCCAAAUAUGCUUUACUGAAAAUUGUAAUGAAAUAUCUCAAGAAUACUCAAAAACACAUAGAGAUGAUGUCAAAACAGAAGAAGCUCCAUUAGUUAAUUAGGAAUCAAAAUAAGCUUAGAAAAUUCCAUUAGCAAAAUUAUUGUCAUUUGAUAAGAUAACUAGUUUAUCAGUAGCUAAUUCACCAAGACAUUCUAGAGAAAAUAGUUUAACUACUAAUACUUUUAGAUAAUCUAAUAAACCAAUAUAAUAAUUGAUGUUAAAUACUAAUAAUGGAUCUAAAAAAUAAACAGUUACACAAUUAGCUAAAAAUAAAAGUUUGGAAUUAAAGUCCAUAGCUGAAACUUUGAUAGCUCAAAGUAAGAUAAGUCCAAAAGGAAAUCAAACAAUUAUUUUUAAUAAUUUGAUGUCAAAAAUGAAUAGUCUCAAGGAGAACACAAUAAAACCAUGA